CCUGCUGUUGUAUCCGGUAUGGACCUUGACACUCUGCAGUUGCACUGAAAACAUUGUCACGCCCCAAUGCAAGCAGACUGAGGACCGAUCUUCAUGUGCAUUUAUUUUUAAAUGAAGAACUGCAGUCAUGGGUUCAACUGACAAUCUGACGACAUAUUUACUGGAGGCCACGCGGUCGCACGUGCUCGUAGCCUGUGCGGUGCUGCUGGCCGCUCUCGCCGCCGUCCUGCGGCACAUCCGGGACUCCCGCACGGUGGACGCCCCGGACCGGAGGCACGUGCUCAUCACCGGCUGCGACAGCGGCUUCGGGAACCUGCUGGCCCGCCGGCUGGACGCCGCCGCGGGCUUCCACGUGGUGGCCGCGUGUCUCACGCAGCGAGGCGCGGCGGACUUGUCCGCGGCGGCCUCCGGCCGGCUGAAGACCCUCGUGAUGGACGUGACCGACGGCGCGAGCGUCGCGGCGGCGCGGGAGUUUGUGAGCAGAGAGGUCGGAGAGCGAGGUCUGUGGGGUCUGGUUAACAACGCUGGCCGGUCCGUACCCAUCGGUCCAACGGAAUGGAUGGAGUUGGAGGAUUUCACCAAGGUUCUGGAUGUGAAUUUGAUGGGAGUCAUCGAGGUUACGCUCCAGUUUCUGCCCCUGCUGAAGAAGGCCCGGGGCAGAGUGGUAAAUGUGGCCAGUAUUCUGGGCAGACUGUCCCUCACGGGCGGAGGAUACUGCCUUUCCAAAUGGGGAGUGGAAGCGUUCUCCGACGGCCUCAGGCGGGACAUGCAUCCCUUCGGCAUCAAAGUGAGCAUUAUCGAGCCCGGCUUCUUCAAGACGGGUGUUACCAGACUGGAUCUCAUAGAAGCUGACCUGAAGAGGCUGUGGACCCGCCUCCCUCAAGAUGUCAAAGACUCUUACGGAGAGACGUACCUGGAUGACUACGUGGAAGCUCAGGGCUUCUCCAUGGGCCUGUUGUGCAGUCCAGAUAUCUCCAAGGUGACCCGGUGUAUGGAGCAUGCACUGACCGCUCGCUUCCCUCGCACACGUUAUGCCGCGGGCUGGGAUGCAAAGUUCUUUUGGAUCCCUCUGUCUUACCUCCCUUCAUUUGUUUCAGACUUUGCCACCAACCUGUUUCUUCCAACGCCUAAGUGUCAAGGAAAUUUCUAAAAGGCAACUCAACUUAAUCGUAGUUUUGAAGUAAAAUGUGUCGUGACAAAUUUUCAAAAUAAAGAUGCCAGACAAGUUACAAAAUAGGAAAUUUAUUCAUUUCACGUCUCAGCAGCAGCAAUUUAAACCAUAUGGACAAGUGGUGAAUGAUCACACACAGUUUUUAUUGGGCUCAUUAAGAUACAAAUAAAUCAUUGAAUUUAUUCACCGUGUAUAUAAAAUGAGCAUCUGUGUUGCUCUUCAAGAUAAUCAACUGCAGAAAUGUAUCUCCAUGCAAAACAAACGUGGACACGUUCGGGUAGAAAUGUGGGCCAUUGUUCCAAUAUCAUUACUGUUAAACAAUCAAUCAACAAUCAUUCAAAUUCACAAGACGUCAGGGAACAUAAUGAGUCUGAUUAAGUACAAUAAGUACGCUUCACACAUAUUUUAGCUCAUUAUAUUGUUUUUUUACUGGAGCAAAUAUCUUUGAAAAAUGGAAUGCCAUAACUUCAAAUCCAAUUUGUUUAGUUUGAAGUCCCGAAAUGAGGUAUAUAAACUUAACAGAUGAAGUAGAAACAUCUUUAGUUUUGUUCAGUGGCAAACAAUAUCAUUGCUCAACACAUCUUUUGAUAACCAUCAAUCAUAUAAGUACUGUACAUUCCGAAUGCAGCUCGCUUUUUUUUAAAAUUGUGUUUAUGUUGAACUACUCAUAGGAUCUAUUUUAAAGAUAUUUUCUGACAAAAUCGUACUGUUCAAAUUUACAAAUAUACAAUUUAUUUAUCAACAUUUCUAUCAGCAGCUUCAGUGCAAAGAUAUACAUAUUGUACAUCAGAAAAAACAUUCACAAAAGAAAUUGGCGUAAGAAAUGUCAGAAGGCGUGACAUCACACUUCUAUCUUCAUUCUAUAGAAAUGUAUUUCUCUCUCCCAAAACAACGUGAGUGUUUGUACACAGGCUGCAUAAAAAAAUAAAUUCUG